ACGCGUGUGUCGCGCCCCGUGACGUCAGUGCCGCGCGCCGUGGCCAAGGACAGGGCGCCCGCGCGGGGCCGUGGUGGCAGCGGGGCCGGGCCCGGUGCAGCGGCGAUGGGCGGGUACAGCGAGGACGAGAAGCUGCGGCUGCAGCAGCUCCGAGUCCUGCGGCGGCGCUGGCUGCGCGACCAGGAGCUGAGCGAGCGUGAGCCUGUGCUGCCGCCGCGCCGACUGGGGCCGAUCGCCUCCUUCUGGGAGCGCUUCCUGCAGCCUGGCGGGUUCUGGCGGCAGCAGGUGUUCAAGGUGUACCAGACAAGCACCUUCUUCGUGACACGGGUGCUGAUCCCUUCCUGGCUCAUCCUGUACUACCUGAAGUACCACAUCAUGAAAACACCUCACGGUGUCGUUAUGUCAAAUCCACGGAUAUUCCCAGGGGACAGGAUUCUAGAGACUGGAGAAAUUAUUCCACCCAUGAAAGAAGACUCCCAUGAGCACCACUGAGGCCGGAAAGCCGACAUCCUCCUGCCAGCCAGGCGGGAACUGCAGCUGCUCUCUCCUCUAUAAAAGAGUCUGUAUUCUGCGUAGCCUCAG